AUGCCAACCCUGUACAAAGGAGCUCGUCUGAUUGAAACUCCUGAAUCGCAGGAGAUCGAGGUCAUGAUUGAACAUGCGGACCGUGACGGCAAAGGAUUUGUGACCGCAGAGGACUUUUACGUGUUGAUGGCUGACGAAGCACGGCGGAUGCAGCAGCAGACGGACGUGGAACCUUCGGAGCCGCAAAGAAAGUCUAACAGUCAGGCUGUCAAGCGCUGGAAAAAGGCAUUGAUCAGCGACAAGGUAGACAACGUUGUACAAGAGUGGAAGAUAUCCUCAGUGGAAAAGCAGGCUGAAGCUGGACACCACAAGCAGAGCCGAUCCAGCAGAGGAGCUGGGUCGACCAGUGAAGCUCGAGGAGAGCACCGAAACAGCCGCAGCUUACUGAACCCGGCUCAGGGCGUUUCUACCAGCGUGUCGCUAACGGCAGGCAGCAAGGAUACUACUCGCAAGCGCAGCCCAAGCCACAGCAGCCCAAGCAACAGCAAGGAGCACACGCGUGCACGAGGGUCGAGUCUGAGCAUUGCUAGGGACGGCAAGGACCUCCGCGCACGCAGCAGUAGCCGCUCCAGGAAGGAGUAG